AUGUCAAGUACAUCUGCCACCACUAUGCCGGACCGUCCUAGACGCAACAUAGCUACACAAAAAACUUAUGCUAUGUCGGACCGUCCUAGACGUAACAUAACUGCACGAACUACUGCUUCUAAUACUUCUGUUACAUCCACUCGGAAUAAGCGAACCACAACACAUAGUACAACUGUUACAAAAAGAAAACGUAGAGUUGUUGAAGAAGCAGCUUCCACUUCGCAGGUUAAUAUUACUAAUCAACCAACAAGUGGUACUACUGUUGAGCGUCGACGUUCUAAAAAGGUCAAGUUUACUCAAGUAGAAACAUCUGCAUCUCAGUUUGCUACCUCUUCAAGGGGCGACCAACCUUCCAUUGUCACUGUUCAGGAAACUCAAGUGGCUUCUUCAGUCGUCAUUCAAGACACCAUUCCUCAAGUUACUACUACUACUCCUCCAGUUAUGCAACCAGCUCCUAAGAAACGAGGUAGAGGAAGACCACCUAAAACUUCUAAUGGUUCCAUAGUAGGACAAGUUUCCAGGAAACGUGGUUAUCAUGCUGUAGAAGAGGAAGAACAUAAGGUUGCUGCAUUUAAACCUAAACGUAGAAAAGGUGACACUUUUGCUAUACCAAUUCCUAUUCGUUCUCAACAAAUUGGUCAAGUUUACGCUAUUGGUUCGAACGAUUGUGCUCAAUGUGGUAUGGAUGAAUCAACCGAAAAUCUUAAAAAAGUGAGGCUCAUUCCAUCUUUGAGUCAAUUUAAUAUUGUCGAUAUUAGCGCAGGAUCUAUUCAUAGCGCUGCUCUUACUUCGGAUGGUAAAAUUGUAACAUGGGGAUGUAACGAUCAUGGCACUCUUGGUCGUUUCACUGAAACUCCAAAGUCAGCAUACGCAAAGGAAAUCUUUGAUACAGGAAACUAUGAAAUUGGUGAAGAAAAUAACCCCACAUAUGCCGAAGGUCUCAAUAACGUAAAUAUCGUAAAGGUUGUAAGUGGAGGCAAUGCAACUUUCGCUAUUUCCGACCAAGGACAUUUAUAUGCAACUGGAACGUUUAAGGUUUAUGGUGUAAUUGGUUUUUCUUAUGAUCAUAAUAUAGAACAACCAAUUUUUACGAGGUACAAACUCUUCGAACAUUUAACAAUUGUUGAUAUAACGGCAGGCGUCGACCAUGUUUUAGCACUUACAAAAGAAGGAGACGUCUAUGUAUGGGGGAACGGGGAAGCAUAUCGUCUUGGCAGAAAAAUAUCAGAGCGCCGAUCGAUAAAUCCGCUCAUACCAUACGAUUUAGGACUAAAACACAUCGAACAAAUGUAUGCUGGUUCAUAUCACAACUUUGUGAUUGAUAAUAAUGGAAAAAUAUUGGUUUUCGGACUUAAUAAUACGGGACAAUGCGGGAUGAAUGUAUCAAAACAAUCUAUCGUCCCUCCUGAAAAGCAUUCACUCUUUAGCAAGAUGGGAGAAGGACACAAGGUUGAAGAGUUUGCAGUUGGACAACACCAUACGCUUGCUCGUACGCAAGAUGGUCGGGUUUAUAGUUUUGGACGUACUGAUUAUGGCCAAUUAGGGUUAGGUGAUAAUGUUCUACCAGAAUCAAAAGAUACCAAAGGAAGAUUGGUUACUCCGACCGUUAUCCCAGGCCUCAACUCAAUUAAAUUUAUAGGAGCCGGUGAUAAUUUCUCGAUGGCUAUUAAAUUGGAUAACAAAAUUUAUGCAUGGGGAUUUGGGAAUAAUUAUGUUUUGGGAAACAAGAAAGAAGAUGAUGCAACCUCUCCAUUUCUGAUUCCAGAUUCGGGAGAAUUUGAUAGUAAAGAUAUUGUUCGCAUAAGUUGUGGAUCAUCACAUGCGUUGUUCCUUAUGGUGACAAAAUCUCCGAAUUUAGGUGGUGAUGCGAUGGAUAUUGACACAAACUAA